AUGAAUAACAAAGGAGGCGUCUCAAUGGCAGGAGGUGGAGGUGGAGGAUCAUCAGGAACAGCAACAACAAGUUCUUGGGUAUCACCAACGUCAGUUUCAACAUCAGGGAAAAGAAUACAAAGAGAAAUGGCUGAACUUAACAUGGACCCACCUCCUGAUUGCUCUGCUGGACCCAAAGGUGAUAAUCUUUACCAUUGGAUCUCCACCAUUAUUGGGCCUCAAGGAACUCCAUACCAAGGCGGGAUAUUUUUCCUCGACCUAAUGUUUCCAAGUGAUUAUCCAUUCGAACCUCCGAAGGUAGUAUUCAAAACUCGUAUCUACCAUUGCAAUGUUGAUUCCACUGGCAACCUUAGUUUGGACAUCCUGAAGGAUAGUUGGAGUCCAGCUCUUACAAUUACUAAAGUGCUACUUGCAAUCAGAUCAAUUUUCACUCACCCUGAUCUGUAUAAUCCUCUUAUCCCUAGCAUUGCCUACUUGUACUCUGCAGAUAGAGCAAAACAUGAUGAACUAGCUGCAGAGUGGACACUGCGAUUUGCCAAGUGA